UCGAUCGGAUCGGCGUUUCGUUUCGUUUUGCAUUACAGCAGAUCGCGUUGUGGUCAGUUUACGCUUUGCAAGGUAUACUGCAUAUUGGGCACGGAUCCUAUCUUCUUGUUGAACUGGAGAGGAUCGUUCGAAACAUCGGGGAUAAGUGCAAUCGGAGCUUUUUGGCUGGUGGCUCGCUGAGUGGAAAAAAUUGCAAGCUGGUUUUUUAUUCGAAAUUUCUGGCUGCGAAAAAAGUGCAUUCAGUGAUAAAUUGGCCUACGAAGAGAUUGUAGUGUGGCGAAAAAAGCAUAGUGACCGACUGAGUGUGGCUGCACUCAAAGAGGAUGUUGGUUCGUGCUAGCAAUAAUCGGCCAUCAGAGUGGAAGAAGAGGAGUCGGCAGCGCAAACAAAAUCACUGACGAGAGAAGAGUACUGUAAAGUGUAGUGUAAAUAUUUUUGUUGAAUAUUUUCAUCCUACCGACGUAUCAAUUGAAUGCUAAUAUAGCGAAGUGCUUCGACUACUACUAAUAUGUACGUGCACAUGGUGUGAAACGAGUGCGGAUUUGACUGAGAAUGAUCCGUUGACGUCACGAGUCAUAAGCAGUCGUGGCAAAGAUUGGAAUCCAACGGGUCGACGUAAUCACAAUCGAACGAGAGAUACAGAGAGGAAGCCGCUACGAAAGCGCACAUCAGACAACAAAAACAUCUCGAGCCACCCAUUGUGGUAACAAAACACUUGGAGAGUUGAGAGAUCGAUUAGGUCGUCAUCUGGUUUCCCCACCUCCGUCCGGCCAACUGCUUGCUACAUACCUGUUCACGCGCUUAGUCAGCGCCAACGUCCGAAGCCCCCUUCUAUUAAACGCGAGAGUUAGUAGCGAACGAAAGGUAUACCUACCAGUUCCCAUCAUCAACGGCAGCAGGUUCAACGGCUCCGGAUCUGCUGACAGACUUGGUGGCGAAGUGCCGCAAAGGGAAGGGUCCGCAUUGAGGCCGGGACUGGGGACACGCGAAAACCGGUUGGAUCGUCUCCGUGUGUUGCGCUCUGUGAUCACUGCGCCGUCUUACCGUUCCUCAUUCGCCUCCUCGACCAACAACUCACCCACCCACCACAACCCACACCCCCUCGCUCACCUGAACGCGCGCAUCCAGGUGGGGCUGGUGAGAUCGUUUUGCCGUUCAUUCAAACGAGGGCGGCAACAGUGAAUGGGCCAUUUGCGAAGCGGAUCUUGCACACUGCGAUAAAUAACAGAAUUUAGCGACUGAAAUCGAGACUUAGAAAGUUCCUAUUUUAACGACAGAAUUAGACGGUGAUAUUUAGCGCGACGAAAGGACGGUUGGACCAUGCUCAUCACAAGCAACUAUAGUCAAAAGCAAUACCUCGACUCGCUAUGUGUAACCGAAGCCGAAGACUCCAGCUACGAUAGUGACUGCGAAGGAGAUGAUCUGUCCCAUCAACAAGUGUCACGCACAACGAGUGACACGCUGGGACAGGAAUUUGCCGAGUAUGUCUGCCAAUCAGACCAUCAGUUGCAGUUAUUUCAGGAUAGAUCUUCCGGAUAUACGCAACGGGUGGAGUUCGCUUUAAAGUUGGGCUACACUGAAAGGCUUGUUCAGGCGGCUCUGCAGCGGCUAGGACCAAACCCGGCCCAGAACGAGCUGCUUGCCGAGCUGAUCAAGUUGGGCUCCCAGCCCGGUGUUAAAGGUGCUAGUGAAUUUGCGGUAGAUAGUGGCCUAAGUGAUCCAUUGCUGGCGGGAUCAUCCGAGUAUGGGGCACCGAGUUUGAUGCUCCCCUCUGCGGGGGGUGGUUUAGUGAUUGGCGCCAGUACCAGUGCCAGUGAAGAAUCUCUUCGUCCAAUAGUGAUAGAUGGUAGCAAUGUGGCGAUGAGCCACGGUAAUAAGGAGGUGUUUUCCUGUAGAGGUAUUCGGUUAUGUGUAGAUUGGUUCAAAAAUCGAGGCCAUAAAGAUAUUACGGUUUUCGUACCGAAGUGGCGCAAAGAGAGUGCCCGACCGGACAACCCGGUCAAAGAUGGCGAAAUUCUGAACGAGCUGGAGAAGGAGCGAAUGCUGGUGUUCACACCUUCGCGGCUGGUCGGCGGGAAACGUAUGGUCUGCUACGACGACAGGUACAUUCUAAAGCUCGCUGCCGAGAACGACGGCAUCGUGGUAUCAAACGAUAACUAUCGUGAUCUAGUGCAGGAGAGCUCUGAGUUCAAGAAGGUGGUCGAAGAACGUGUGCUGAUGUACUCGUUCGUCAAUGAUCGUUUCAUGCCCCCGGAUGAUCCACUCGGUCGUUCCGGGCCAACGUUGGAGAACUUUUUGCGCGUCCAACCGCGCAAAGGCGAUCCGCCGCCACCCUGUCCGUAUGGCAAAAAGUGCACUUACGGAAACAAGUGUAAGUUUUACCAUCCCGAGAGGGGUAGCUUGCCGCACAAAUCGGUAACGGAACGACUGUCGGAGUACGCAGCCCGCCACUUGCAGGCUAGAAGUGGUGCAGGUGUAGGGGACGGUACCAGCGGUACCGGCGUCGGCAACCGGAAUGUACUCCAAGGAAAAUCCCUCAGCGUACCCCUGUCGAACAGCAGUAGUGAAACUAGUCCAAUUAAUGACAAACGAAAAGCAUUAUGUCGCACAAGAUCCAACGUACCUCCGGACAGUAGCAGCACCAGUAGUAAUUUAUUCAACAUUAAUCUGGGCGAUCAGAUGCAACAGUCGCAGCCGCUGCAUGCCCAGCAGCAUUCGUACAUGCCAACACCGAACUGGGACCAUUCACCUCUUCCGCUGCCCCACAAUUUAGUCGAUUCGCAAUUAUUUCCCAAAUCUCAUAGCAUAGAAAAUAUCUCAAAGGAGACGUACAGCCAGCAUCAUCAUUCGAAUAGUUACAGUGCAUCACUGUGGAAUCGUCAACAGCAACAACAACAGCAGCAGCAGCAACAACAACAACAGCAACAGCUGUCGGCUUCGCAAUCCCAGCAGCAACUGGGCGAACCAUGCGAUCGCAGCCUGGACCCAAGUGUAAACCUGCACCGUAAGCUGCAGCGACAGCUGACGCUCAAUCCGGCAGGAUGUGAUCCUCGAAUCUAUCAGUUGCAGCGCAACAAUGCAGCACUCGCGGGACAGCAGCAACCUCAGCAUCAUUCGACCGUACAACUAUCGCCUCAUCGACCUUUGGCACCUUCUCUCAGCGGUGGGGCCCGACCGAAUCCGGCGGCUCAAUGGGAUUUGCAUCAGAAUGUCACUCGCAUAGCUUCGGCGCCAGAUCCGUCCCGUCCUUGGCAUACUGGUCCACCGCCAGCAUCCUCUUCGGAGCCACAUAUCAACCUUUGGCCUCCACCUCCAACAGCCCAGCAGCAGCAGCAGCAACAGCAAGUAGCACAGACUGUUUCUGGGAGUGUUAUGGGUCAACCGGCACCAGUAACCCCGACGCAAACGCACCAACAGUUGCAAGACCAACGUCGUCGGUUGCACUACCAUCUGGCUAGCAUUUUUCCCGAGGAACAGGUCCAGGCAGUGUUGCAAAUGUACCCCGAUGAAACUAAUCCGCAGAAGAUUUGCGCCGCAAUUCUGGCCAUGUUUCCCAAGAUGUAGAAUUUGAAUGUUCUCCCGUGUGUAUAAGAACUGCCUCUCGUUUGAUUGUGAAGGUUCAAUGUGAUCAGUACUCAAAAGGUAUGUUGGUAUCACUGUUUUUUUAUUGGCUGAACGAUGCAACAUCGUUCCCUCGUAGACGCGAUGAUUAGUCCUCCUAGAGGACUGCCCAUUAUUUGUUUUCUGUACUUUUAAGACGAAAUACUCAGCCAGUGUUAUUAAAGUGACAAAGAUGCAGGAAACAAAACUCUAAUAAUUUAGGUGCCAAAAGUCUAUUCCUCUUUUAAGUAGAUCGAAUGAAAGAAAAAAAAAGGGUAAAGGAAAAACACAAACAUCGUUCAAAUUAUCGCUUCCAGUCGUUGAGAGAAUUCCAAUUUUAUAAUCAAACAAUUUAACCCUAUUUAAAACGUGAACAAAACUCUUACUACUAAGCAUCAAGAAGAUUCAAUCUCAAGCUUUGCGCUCUUUAGCACAAUUAUCUGUUUACGCGGUAGCAUUUUUUGAUUUUUACCUACCAUUUUUAAUAGUUAUAUUUCUUAUACGCAUCCACUUCUAUUAGGAGCUAUUUAAUCGUUACAUGUUAGUUCUGUUUUUCUGUUGACUUUAUAUAAAUUAACUAAAGAAAAGUAACACAAAGCAUCUACGCGCAUCUUUCUUCUCAUUUCACUAUUCAACAUUCUGAAAACUUUCAACAUCAUAACUUUGAGCACGUACUGAAAGGUAUUAGUCUAGCAUCAGAGCACGAUUAAAGUCUUAAACAUCUUAAUUCUUAGCAUGGCUGUAAGUUCCACGAUCUGUUGCGGUCCGCCCGCAACAGAUUGAUGCGUGGAUAGAGAUUUGCCUCAUACGAAUGAACUUGGAACGUGCUUAGAAAUUAGCGUCCAGCGCAAACACGGAAAUAUUGUUGAUAGUACAGACAGAACUUAAGCAGUCAGCACAAAGCAUUACUAUUAGUAGCCAGCGGAGCCGUAAUAACCAAACACUGAGAUAUUCAUCAGAAAUUUCGUGUAACUUCAUAUUGAAGCACCUUUUUUUGGUUGCACUACCGACGUGAAUGAGCGUUGCGCGGCGCGUUCACUACCUCGAUCCCGUCAGGAUGGUGGCAGCUCGUUCGUGGUGUAAAAUCUCGUAGCUCCAUAGAGGGUGAUCCUAAUCAGUAUUGUUCGAUUGUUUGGAAAGUUUCAGCAACGUAAGCUACUGUUUCACGUUUCCUUGUUACAGACCGACAAGCGUGUUUAGUGUUUGUCCGCCGCUAUUGCCAUCGAGUUGACACCGGCUGGUUGGCCAGAAACUAUGCUAAGCUUGAACGAAAAUACGGGCAAAAUAGUUCUAACAACUUCACGAUAUAUAAAAGAAACGGAACCAUUAGUGUGCUCUUGUAUUCAAAGACAAUUUAACAGUAAAAUUUUACUCCAUUAGGUCCGUUUUUAUUGUUAAAAAAAGGUAAUGUAACCGGAGUAGUUGGGAUAUAUACCGAACGGUAUAAAUAGCAGAGGUUAAAAAAGGAAUAUCAUUCAGAAAAUGUUGAAAAGCAUAGAAAAUAAACAGACAAAACCCACAUGCUAUGCAUAUAAAACGUAAAAUGUUUAAAACUGAAGCAUUAUCAUGAGAAUAUUGAGAACGAGAGAAAGAUGAAUUUAA